AUGGCUACCGAUGGAAGGAAAACCGACACGAAGAAGGUGCUAGCACGAGUUGCCACGAUGCGAUCACGUUCUCAGAUCGAAGCACUCGAAGACUUUAUAAACCGGUACACGGAUGAUGAUUUGCUUCAGGUAAACGUUCGAUUAUCCCACCUGGAAGCAUCGUGGACCUCCUUUGAAGCUGCCAAUCUAAAGCUGGAGACGCUAGAAGAGGAGGAAGCUGCCCUAGUGAUUUUGUUUAAAGAGCGAAAUAUGUUGUUUGAGCGGUACUGCAAGGCGAAAGGUUUCCUAACCUCAAAGGUUCCACAAGAAUCGACUACAUCGGUAACAGUGAACGCAGCAGAUGUGUCUGUUUCAUCCUUGUCGAAGCUACGCUUGCCAAAGUUGGAUCUACCAACCUUCGACGGGAAUACCACCGAGUGGCUGAGCUUCAAGGAUCGAUUCAUGUCAAUGAUCGAUGCAUCCCCCGAUCUAACCCCAGUUAUGAAGCUACAGUAUUUGUUAUCGGUGCUGAAAGGUGACGUUGCCAAACGAUUCCAGCAAGUUACGUUGAUUGCCGAUAACUACGAUACCACAUGGCAGGCUCUCCUGGACAGAUACGACAAUGUGCGUGCUCUAAAACGGGAAUAUUUUAGGGCUCUAACUUCUAUUCCUCCAAUGAAGGGAGAAUCCAUCGAAGAGCUUCGUCGAGUAACAGACGAAUUCCAUCGCCUUACGCAAGGUCUAAGUGCACUCGACGAGCCGAUCGCGCUAUGGAACACACCGUUAUGCAACUUGCUGUUCUACAAACUAGAUGCAAAAACUCUGUUAGCGUGGGAAGAAUUUUCGUGCAAUGAACCAGAGGACUCAUAUAAGAAACUACAAGAGUUUCUUCAGAAGCGAUUAAGAAUUCUCGUUGCAACGAACCACUCCACGCAUGACGUACAAAGGCCGAGUACCAGCAAGGUAGCCGGCACUAAACCCAUCACUAGACUUGCUAAUGCUAGUGUUGUGCCUUCAUCGAGCACUAAGUGCUAUGCCUGUGAUGAUUCGCAUUAUCUUCAUCAAUGCAUCAAAUUUAAGGAAAUGUCAUUAUCUCAAAAGGAUAGCCUUAUCGCAUCGCACAAGUUAUGUCGAAACUGUUUCCGGACCGGACAUGUGGCAAAAGGCUGUCAGUCGAAGUUUAGGUGCCAUAAGUGCCAACAACGGCAUCAUACCCUGCUCCACAUUCAUCAGGCUAUGCCAGAAGUAUCAACCCCCGAUAACCUGAUAGUGGCAACCACCGCAUGUAACACUAAUCUCACGGUGCUGCUGCAGACGGCGAUGGUUUGUGUUAUAGACGACGACGGCAAUGUUUUCAAGGCGAGAGCAUUACUGGACUCAGGUUCGAUGUCGAACUUUAUGUCCACAGCAUUAGCGAAGCGACUAUCCAACAAGAUUCAGAACGAAAAUGUAUCGAUCAUAGGCAUUGGGAAAAGCGAAAGUCUUAUACGUCAUUCUGUUAAUGCAACCAUCUCAUCGCACGCUGAAAACUUCAGAACAAGGCUCAACUUUUUAGUGCUAGACUCUCCUACUUCCUGCUUGCCCACCAUCGACGUUGAUAUUCGAGAUUGGAAAAUCGAAGAACUUGUACUAGCAGAUCCAAUGUUCAACACACCCGGUCCUAUCGAUAUUGUCAUCGGAGGUGACACAUUCUGGAAGCAAAAUGUCACGCGCUUACUAAACCAGUAUGGGUUCAGCUUGAGGAAGUGGGCGUCGAACGACUCACGGGUGUUGGAGAACAUUAAGGAUGAAGAUCUGGCGUCGCCAAAGGGUCUGGAAUUCCUACAGGACAAUCCUAUCACGACUCUUGGUCUUGUAUGGAAGCCCCAAAAUGACACGUUCUGCUACAACAUAAAAAAUAACCCAGUGCCCAUCGCAAACACCAAGCGUCAACUUUUAUCUUCAGUCGCUCAAAUAUUCGAUCCGCUGGGGUUAAUUGGACCUGUUGUAUGCAAGGCUAAGCUAAUGAUGCAACAAGCCUGGAAUAUCAUUGAUGCAGAUACGGAAGAUCAUCGCAGCACUACGUUUUGCUCCUGCUUCGGUAACAUUUUGGAGCGAUUCUACCACUGUAUUGCAUUGGCUGAAUUCAUCACCAUCUCGCUGGAAGACGUUCGUGGCCAAUCGCACAUCUCAAAUCCUCCACACUACUAA